AUGGCUAAUAGGGCGACAGAGGCGUCUAGUCUCUAUCUAUACCAACCAAGCCAUAUCCUGCCGGCUGUCUUCGCCGCACUAGUCGGUAUCUCACUGGUGAUUCAUGGUUAUCAAAAUUUCCGCUAUCGGUUCUGGCGCGUAACAUUCUUCCUCUUUUGGGGAGGCACUCUCUUCACCACAGGCUGGAUUCUCCGCUGCAUCUCAAGUUACUACCCCGCCAACCUCAACCUCUACAUCGCCCAAUCCGUCUUCAUCUAUCUGGCUCCACCAGUCUAUUCCGCCGCCGCUUAUAACCUCGUUGGCCGCUUGAUGAAUUAUCUUCCAAUGCACGCCGUCCUUAACCCUAACCGUGUCCUCAUCUUCUUCGUAUACGUCGGUGCCGCGGUAGAGAGCAUCACUGUCGCAGGCGCAGCCAAAAACGCCGCUGCUGGAACUGAUCUUGCCGAAUACAAGAACGGCGGCGUCCUCAUAGCAGCCGGUCUCGUUCUACAAGCCGUGGUAGAAUGCCUUGUUGUUGCAAUCGUCACAACAGUACACCAUCGUGCCUCGCAUGCAGGAAUAAUCCCUCUUAAUGUGAGCACGCUCUGCUACACUCUAUACGGAACAUCAACAUUUGUGCUCCUGCGCUGUAUAUUCCGUGCCGUGGAGGCGUUCGAGAUACUCGACAACCUUGGAUGCACAGACAAGUGCAGUGCUGUUCUCAGUCAAGAAUGGUACCUAUAUGCAUUUGAGCUGGGUCCAAUGUUGAUCUUCACAUUCUGGAUGAACCUGCUGCAUCCUGGCCGUUUCUUACCUCGGGACAAGACUCGGUAUCUGGGGCUGGAUGGCCGCAUUGAGCGAUUUGGACCGGGCUGGCUUGAUCAUAGAAGUCAUUGGGAAACAUUUAUGGAUCCUUUGGAUAUAAGUGGCGUGAUCAAGGGACAGGCUUCCCAUGAGAAGUUUUGGCUGAGACCAGAGGAAUGGCCUACUUGCACCGAUGGAAGCUUCGCGGAGGGGACAGCUUCAAACCGAACUACGACGGCUCAAGUGAAGCAGCAUACUCUUCUGGCCGAAACCCAUGCAGUUUGA